AUGCAGACCCCACGCUUCCAGGCUAUCGCCAACCGCUUCUCGGCACACAGACUGCGCACCUCGUUCAGGCGGUCGUCCUCGGCAUCGUCGUCGUCGACAUCGUCGCGGGCCAGCAGCACGGACCGGAGCUCGUACUGCUCGCGGGCGCCGUCGCCGGUGGGCACCAUCAACAGCGUCAUCUUCCGGCAGCCAUCGAUCGUGGAUCUGGAGGAGGAGCGCAGGAGCUUCGGCAGCGAGCUGGCCAUCCUCGAGCCCCGGCCCAUUGUCUACUGGGGCAGCUUCCAGGACAGGAUGGGCUCGUUCUAG